AAAUAGUUUCGUUUUCAUUUUUAUAUACAAAACAAAAAAGAGGCGUCGAUAUGGCAAUUUUGCAGCAGCAAGUUGAGCGCAGUUAGUCGCCAACAGCGUCAAUAAUAUCGAGUGCGCGCAUGCACUGCAAAAAUAAUUUGACUUUAAGUGGAAGUGGACUUUAAUUGACCUCGUCGCGCAGUCACAAUGUCAUUCUUGGUGGAGUACACGGAUCCCCAAUGGCGGAAUCUGAAUAUGCGUGACCUGCACGUUGACGAGGCCUAUAUGUAUCUGCAAUCACAUUAUGAGAAUCGAAGUUAUCUGUAUACGCUGUCCGACGAAUGUUAUACGUGCCCCUAUACUAAAGUGAAAGCUCUGCCCGCUGCUUCGUCGGCGUCGUUGGAACCGUUAAAGCUUAGUUCAGCCUCUGCUUUGAGUUUUAAAAUUUAUGAACACGAUCAGGGUCGCUAUGCAUACGAUAAUGUCUCAUCGUUGUGCGCGCUGCGUCGCAGCGAUCUUCAAGAAUUCGGCGUAUAUAAUCUCACACUGUUAUCAAAUGGCAGCUGUGAUUUUGCCGUAGAUAAACCCGGCGUACCAAUCAAUUAUGCAUUCCUCUCCGUAUUUGUGCUGGUGGCAGCGCUGCUCAUAGUGCUAAAGCUUGUUAGCUGUGCCUGGAAACGUUACCGUUACGACGAGGCCGCUGCCGCUGCGGACAGCAUAGGCGAUGCCGCUGCCAAGGCGACGCAGCGCAAGCGACUGCGCAGUCUGGACACGUUUCGCGGGCUUUCUAUUGUGCUGAUGAUAUUCGUGAACAGCGGCGGCGGCGGUUACAAUUGGAUUGAGCACGCUGCCUGGAACGGUCUCCACCUGGCGGACAUUGUGUUUCCCAGUUUCCUGUGGAUUAUGGGCGUCUGCAUACCGCUCUCCAUAAAGGCACAACUUGGACGCGGCAUUAGUAAAUCGAGAAUUUGCUUGCGCAUUUUAUGGCGUGCUUGCAAAUUGUUUGCCAUUGGACUUUGCCUGAAUUCAACGUAUGGGCCGCAAUUGGAGCAACUGCGUCUCAUGGGCGUUUUGCAGCGUUUCGGCAUUGCCUAUCUGAUUGUGGGCGUGGUGCAUACACUCUGCAGCCGCAGGGAUCAGUUGAGUCCACAACGCGCCUGGCAGCGUGCCAUUUAUGACAUCUGCUUAUUUAGCGGCGAGCUGGCUCUGCUUUUAGCCCUGAUUGCCAGCUAUUUGGGUUUGACCUUUGGCCUCAAUGUGCCCGGCUGUCCACGUGGCUAUCUCGGUCCUGGUGGCAAGUCAAAUAAUGCCGCAAAUCCCAAUUGCAUUGGAGGCGCUGCCGGUUACGUCGAUUUGCUUGUGCUCAGCAAUAAUCACAUCUAUCAACAUCCCACGGCCAAAUAUGUCUAUGAUGCCACAGCCUUUGAUCCCGAGGGCAUCUUUGGCUGCCUUUUGAGCGUGGUGCAGACACUUUUGGGCGCCUUUGCAGGUGUCACUUUGCUGGUGCAUGCCACCUGGCAGUCGCGUCUCAAGCGGUGGCUGCUCUGUGCCACAUUAUUGGGUCUACUUGGUGGCGCACUCUGUGGCUUCUCCAAGGAACAGGGCAUCAUACCAGUUAACAAGAAUCUUUGGUCGCUUUCCUUUGUGUUUGUAACCGUCGCGUUGGCAUUAUUAUUGCUAUCGUUGCUCUAUUAUGUCAUCGAUGUGCGGCAAGUGUGGUCGGGUUAUCCAUUCACCGAAUGUGGCAUGAAUGCGAUCAUCAUGUACGUCGGCCACACUGUCAUGCACAAAAUGUUGCCCUGGCAUUGGCGCAUCGCCUCCAUGAAUACGCACUUUCUGCUGCUGCUCGAGUCCGUGUGGAAUACUUUGCUCUGGGUUGGAAUUGCUCUUUAUCUGGAUGCACGACAAUUCUAUUAUAGUCUGUAGCUAAGCUCAUUGAACGAUGUUCUAACUUAUAAUAAUUUUGUCACGAAUUGUAUAACGCAUUAAAGAUGAUAUGACAAACACCAUAAAGUAUA